AUGAAACUCACACAAGCUGUACUCAUCGCUUCCUCCCAUGCUGCCUGGAAGGAUCGAUGGCAAACAAUCUUAGAGAAAAGACAAAACGGACUCUCGCCGAGAAAUGGAGGAUCCGACACUGAUGCACUUUGCGUUCAAGACGUUGUUGAUGAGACGGACAAGUUCCCGAUUGAAAAUGGCUCAUGGGAGUGCGACGAUGCUCCAGACGGAAAAGGAAAGGUAAAGUGUGUUGGAGUCUGCGAUUCCGGCGAAAAGCAGUGGAAAAAAGCCGAAAUCAGCGCCAAAUGCAAGCCAAACGGGGCGCAAAUCAAGAAGAAAAUCCAAGGUAACCUGAAAUGCGGAGAAGUCGUCGAUGAAUGUGCCGAACUUGUGGAUGCAGCAGAGAUCACCAUGGGCUCUCUUGAAUUCGUCAGCAGUCAUCCUAAAAAGGGCAACACUUACAACCUUGUCUGCGAAGAUGGUGUGACACUCGGCCAAGUCCAGUGCAAAAAAGGAAAGCUCUCUUCCAAGAAACUCCCCGACUGGGAGACCGCUUGUGAUCGAUAUGUCUGUGAUGCUGCUGAUGCUGUGGAAGAAUUCCCCAUUGGACCUGGAAGCUGGAACUGUGGCCAACUCAAAAAGGGCAAAUUCAAGUGCAAGGCCAAGUGUGACUGGGAAGAUUCGGACCCAGUCAGGUUCCAGAUUGAAUGCAGUGAGAAAAACAAGGGAUGGAGAAUCAGCAAGAAUCCCAAGUUUGCGGAAGACGUUUGCGAGGAAGAAGUUUUCACGACAACAACAACCACAACUACCACUACCACUACCACAACAACAACUACAACCACAACUACGACAACGACCACGGAAGCGCCAACAGAUCCUCCAACAGAGCCUCCAUCAACUACAGUGAGCGUUUUGAGCGACCAUUGUCAUCUAAAAAACGCUCUUAAAAUGGAAAACCACUGUACCACUUCCACAACGGAGACAACAGAAUUCACGACCGAAGAACCAGAAACAACCCCUACUGUACCUCCAGUGACAACCACUCCCUUCGUUCCAUCUACCGAGGCUCCAACCGAUCCCCCAACCGAUCCCCCAACUGAACCACCAACUGAGCCACCAACUGAGCCACCAACUGAGCCACUAACGGAGCCACCAACAACUUCCGCCUCCGAGUUUAAAACCCUCACCGACCAUAUCACUGCCGACCUUGACACCUGCACCAAUGCAUCUAACUUCCCCACCGGUGGCAAGAAAAAGAGGGCAAAAAUGUCCAAGAUCGUCGAUGGAGUUACAGCUGGCGACAACGAGUGGCCCUGGAUCACUCGACUUUUCUUGCGAGAAACGAUUGGUAGCGGCGGUGGAUUCCGAUGCGGUGGUAGCAUCAUUCACACGAACUGGGUUUUGAGUGCUGCUCAUUGCUGCGAGGACAUGGCGGAGAUCUUCGCCACUUUUGGCGAUACCCGCGACGACACCUCUGACUCAGACGAGUACACUCUUCAGUCAACCACGUUUUUCAACCAUCCAGAAUAUGGAAACAGCUCCGACGGGACCGGAUCCAACUCCGAUUGGUGCCUGAUCAAGUUCGACCAGGACAUCAUCGCUGCAGACCCAGAGGGAAAAACAAAGAUUGCAUGUCUUCCAGACGCGGAGCCAGAUCACGGCGAGGCCUGCUGGGUCGCUGGAUGGGGAACCACUUCUUCCGGUGGAUCGACAUCAAGCACCCUCCAAUCUGUCGGAGUUAACUACAUGAGCCAGGAUUACUGCAAAGCCAAGAGUAACAUUAGCUUCUUGGUCGCCGAUGACAUCUGCGCCGGAAUCCCCGACCUCAACGAUGACGGCAGUACCGAUGGCGGCAAGGACUCCUGCCAGGGUGAUUCUGGUGGACCUCUCAUCUGUCCAAUCAACGGUCGAGCCACUCUUAGCGGUGUCGUCUCCAGAGGAACAGGAUGUGCCUGGCAAGGAUUCCCUGGUAUUUACUCUUCUGUUUUCGUAGCCAAAUCGUGGAUUCAAGAAACAAUUGCGAAUAACUAA